AUUUUUAUGUUCGCCUGGGCCAACUCCCCGUCAAUCCAUUUUAUGGCUAGUGCCAUUGGGACGGCUUUCUUUGGACUUGGGCUAGUCAAUAUCUUCAUCAGCAUGAGCAACUAUCUUCUUGACACGUAUACUAUAUUUGCAGCAUCUAGCCUAGCUGCCAGUUCGGUCUGGAGAUCUAUCUUGGGUGCUGUUUUCCCCCUAUGUACGCCAAGGAUGUAUGAAGCGCUGGUGACUCAUUGGGCAUCUUCGAUUCCAGCAUUUCUGUCCAUGAUAUGUAUACCAAUACCGUUCUUGCUCCAGCUGAAUGGUUCUUGGCUUCGAUCCAAGUGCAAAUACAUGAUUAAAGCUCAUGAUGCGAUGGCGAGUCUUCGCGGCUAG